CCCGGCGCGGGGACAGGUGCGGCGUGAAGAUGGCGCUGAGCUGGCGCCGUGACAAGAGCACGUCCCUGUGGUGCUACAGGCUGGAGCUGUGGGGUCUGGUUGCCAUGGGGCUCCUGGGGCUCUACCUGUUCUACCGCGAUGAUGGGCUGUGGCUCAGCAUGACCCCCAAGCGUAGCAACCCCCCCAGCCCCCAGGCAGCCCCCAGGCUCCCCCCGCCAACCCCUGCCCCCUGCGUGGCCAACACCUCGAUGCACAAGAUCGACGGCUUCGCCAAACUGCCCGGCCACGUGCAGGACUUCAUGCGGUACCAGCACUGCCGGUUCUUCCCGGAGCUGCUGGGCGUCCCCGACAAGUGUGGGGGGCCCGAUGGGUCCCCCGACGUCUUCCUCCUCUUGGCCAUCAAGUCAUCGCCGAUGAACUACGAGCGGCGGGAGGUGAUCCGCAGGACCUGGGGGCAGGAGAGGACCUUCGAAGGAGCCUUAAUCCGCCGGGUUUUCCUCGUGGGGGUGACCACCAUCGCCCGGGAUGCCAAGAAGCUCAACUGGCUGCUGCGGCUGGAGCAGGAGGAGCACGGGGACAUGCUGCAGUGGGACUUCAAGGACACCUUCUUCAACCUGACGCUGAAGCAGGUUCUCUUCCACUCCUGGCUGGAGGAGCACUGCCCCGGCGUCCGCUUCAUCUUCAACGGGGACGACGACGUCUUCGUCAACACGGACAACGUCAUCCACUUUGCGAUGUCCACCCAGGGCAGCAGCGAGGAGCAGCAUCUCAUGGUGGGGCAGCUCUUCAUCAAUAACACACCCGUCCGUUUUCAGCGCAGCAAGUACUUCGUGCCCACGCAGCUCAUGGCCUCCAACUACUACCCGCCCUACUGCGGCGGCGGCGGGAUGCUCAUGUCCGGCUUCACCGCCCGCGUCAUCGCCCGGGAAUCGCGGGACGUCAAGCUCUUCCCCAUUGACGACGUCUACCUGGGCAUGUGCUUGCAGAAGGCAGGGCUCCUGCCCGCUUCCCACACCGCCAUCCGGACCAUGGGCGUGGGGGUACCGGCCAACACCGACCCCUUCGAUCCCUGCUACUACCGGGAGCUGCUGCUGGUGCACCGCUUCGUGCCCUACGAGACGGCGGCGAUGUGGCAGGCCAUCCAUGAGCCCCAACUCAACUGCAGCAAGAAGGUGAGCGUCUUCUAGGGCAGCCGAGGAGGACCGAGAGCCGGGACGAAGCGCCGGUGCACCCCCCAGGGCUGUGGCUCUCCCCGGAGCCCCCGUAGAUGCUGCUGCUGCCGCGCUGCCAGGGUCCCCGGGGCUGAGCCCCGUCCCCACCGCGCGUCUGCCGGGAGGGCAGCGCCGUGUUGAGCCCUGGCUCCCACCCGGGGACCGCGGAGCGUCACCCCACGCCCAACCUGCCCCUGGCCCCUUUUUGCCUGGUUUUUGCCCCGAAUCUGCCCUCCCGUGGCCAGGGGAGCCCUGAGGCACUUGGGCAGGGAGAAUAAAUGAACCUGUGUUGUUAAUGAGGACGUGGGGUCUGGAACCUUACUGGGGGACGGGGGGUGCAGGGAGGACGGGGGGAGCAGGGCUGAGGGGGGGAGCAAGGGGCGGGUGUUUGCCCCCAGUGAGAGCCCUGCCCCGGGGGUCUCUCUGCAGAGCCCCCGAGGUCCCCGAGCGGGUUGGGGCCGGGGGUGGGACGGGACGGGCUGCGCUGGUCUCUGCGAGGUCGGCGAUGACCCUCGGCGGAGGCAGCCCCGGCCCCGGUGGGAUGCUCGGUGCCGGUGGGAUGCUCAGUGCUGGUGGGAUGCUCGGUGCCGGUGGGAUGCUCGGUGCCGGGAAGGGACGGUGUCACAUGCGUGUGCCGGGCUCAGGGCCGUGGGAGGGGGACGUACACAGGGGGUGAGGAGCAAAACCCACUGGGACGGGGCCGUGGCCACAGGUGCCACCCCCCACCCCACCCCGAGCCUCGGGGUGCCAUGCUUGGGUGCUGGCAGCCGUCGCGGCAGAGCCGCUGCAGCGGCCGUACGGGCACACGGGUUCAUCCACACCCUCGGGUGGGGGCACCCGCUGCAGCCAGAGCCCCCCCCCAUCCCCGCCCCGGGAAAGGCUGCGGUGAGUGUCAAGCC